AUGGUAAUUAGGGGGUUUGGCCACAAAAAUGGGCGUGGCCAAAAAUCGGCGCGCCAAAUCUAUUUAUCCCUCUUUCUGUUUCCUAAAUGUUGGGAGGUAUGAUUAAAGAAAUCUACAGUCAGCGAUUGGGUGCAGAAGUGGGUCAGUGGAUUUACAGCCUUGUCUGCUUGAAUGAAUGGCUUUUGGGAAACCAGUUUCUGCAUCACCCCAACAACCUGGGCCCACAUAAUAGCCCUCCUGUGUUUCCUGCCAGCCUGCCUGCACUCUGUUUUAUCUAGAGGCUGAAUCAUGUAUCUCGGUUCUGAACAAGUAGCGCUGGUGGGCCAAGUCUUUGAAUCCUUUGUGCUGGAGCACCACAAAAAUGAGAUUGCCCAGAUACUUACUGAGAAAGAAGAGCAUGCCCACUACUCACUGGUUGUUAAUGCCAUGACACUUUUUGAAGCAAACAUGGAGAUUGGAGAGUACUUUAAUGCCUUUCCAAAUGAAGUUCUGCCCGUCUUUGAUAAUGCUCUGCGCCGUGCUGCCAUGAGCUUUCUUCAGUCUUGUUCAGAAAAAUACACAUUUCUUAUGAAGCAGAAUCUUCAUGCAAGGAUAACAGGUCUACCAGUGUGCCCAGAGUUAACCAGAGAGCACAUACCACGAACCAGAGAUGUGGGGCAUUUCCUUUCUGUAACCGGUACAGUAAUUCGCACCAGCUUGGUUAAAGUGCUCGAGUAUGAGCAAGACUUCAUGUGCAACAAGUGUAAGCAUGUGGUCACUGUGAAAGCAGACUUUGAGCAGCAUUACACAUUCAAGCCACCCAUCGCUUGCUCAAAUGAGGAAGGCUGCAACUCCACCAAAUUCACCUGUCUGUCAGAUUCAUCCUCUCCAGCCAGCUGCAGAGACUAUCAAGAGAUCAAGAUUCAGGAACAGGUUCAAAGGCUAUCUGUUGGCAGUAUCCCUCGAUCAAUGAUUGUAGUUUUGGAAGAUGACCUGGUUGACAGCUGCAAAUCUGGAGAUGAUAUAACAGUCUAUGGUGUGGUGAUGCAGCGGUGGAAACCCCUUUAUAUAGACAUGCGCUGUGACCUGGAAAUUGUUUUAAAGGCCAAUUACAUUUCAGUCAAUAAUGAGCAACCUUGUGGUGUGGUUAUAAAUGAAGAAGUACGCAAAGAGUAUGAAGAUUUCUGGGUGAAGUAUAGGAACAACCCUUUAGAAGGUAGGAAUGAAAUUCUGGCCAGCCUGUGUCCGCAGGUAUUUGGUAUGUUUGUAGUGAAGCUGGCAGUGGCCAUGGUGCUGGCUGGUGGAGUUCAGAGAAUUGAUUCUGCUGGAACAAGAGUGAGAGGUGAGUCACAUCUUCUGCUAGUUGGAGACCCUGGCACGGGGAAAUCACAGUUUCUGAAGUAUGCUGUAAAGAUUACUCCGAGGUCUGUCCUUACUGCAGGCAUUGGAUCUACUAGUGCAGGCUUGACUGUUACUGCAGUGAAAGACUCUGGAGAGUGGAAUCUGGAGGCUGGAGCCUUGGUGUUAGCUGAUGGAGGCCUGUGCUGCAUUGAUGAAUUUAAUAGCAUCAAGGAGCAUGACAGAACCAGCAUCCAUGAGGCAAUGGAGCAGCAGACCAUCAGUGUUGCAAAGGCUGGGUUAGUGUGCAAGCUGAACACUAGGACAACCAUUUUGGCAGCAACAAAUCCCAAAGGCCAAUAUGACCCAGACGAAUCCAUCUCGGUGAAUGUAGCCCUUGCUAGCCCUCUGCUCAGCAGAUUUGACUUGGUUCUAGUUUUGCUGGAUACCAAAAAUGAAGACUGGGACCGCAUUAUUUCUUCGUUUAUUUUGGAGAGCAAAGGCUGCCCUCGUAAAUCCGAUAAGCUGUGGAGCAUGGAGAAGAUGAAAACCUAUUUCUGUCUUAUUAAGAAUCUUCAACCCAAAAUGUCUCAAGAUGCUAAUGUUAUCCUGGUACGUUAUUACCAGCUACAACGGCAAAGCAGUUGCAGGAAUGCAGCACGUACUACUAUUAGAUUGCUAGAAAGUUUGAUCCGCCUAGCAGAAGCCCAUGCUCGGUUAAUGUAUCGUGAUGUUGUGACCACAGAAGAUGCCAUAACAGUGGUGUCCAUAAUGGAGUCCUCGAUGCAGGGAGGUGCAUUACUUGGCGGUGUCAAUGCAUUACACACAUCCUUUCCAGAAAAUCCAAGGGAACAGUAUCGGCUUCAGUGCGAGCUCCUAUUGGAUAAACUUGGGCUUCAGAAAUUGCUAGAGGAAGAGCUUCAAAGGCUAGAAAGGCAGCAAAGUGAAGAUUCCUCUGAGUCUGAUCUUGGGGAAAGUGCAACAAACCUCGUUGGACAUAAAGUAGUGCACAGUGAGUGUGUCAUGGAAGAAACCUUUAGCACUUUUGAAGCUUCUUCUUUGCCAGAUGAAACACACCUGGGAGUAACUGGCAGUGCUGCAUUCAUACAGACUCCUAAGAAAACCAUCUCCGAUAUGACCAAAAGUGAUGACACCAUUAGGAAGGGUACCAUUACACCUGCUGAACAAAACAGAGGUAUUAGCACAGAUGCCGAGUCCUCUUUAAAACAAGGUAAUGCACAACCACUCGCUGGUGGGCAUCUCUCUGAAAAUAAUCUUACAAGAUGCACUGAUAACAGUCUUGGCUGGUUUGAUACACUUCAAUCCAUUCAGAUGUCUCCCAUCACCAAACAAAGAGAAGGAUGCACAGCUGAAAAGCUUCAACAAGAAGUCCUUCCUGUAUCAACAGAAAGUAGCUGCCAUCCUGCAGACAAAAAAGUUGUAAAUUUAGGAGGGAGGAACAAACUUGAAGUUUUGCAAGCUAGUGGAAGCAGCCCUGGCGGAAAUGGAAGGGAUUUAUCAAAUCACACAGUGACUUGUGGAAGCAGCCCUGAGAGAAACAAAAGAGAUUUGUCAAAUCACAUAGUGACUGAGCAUGUUUCUAAAAAGUGGCGGAGAAUAAAUAAAGAUUCCCUUUGUGGAAAAAAUGUGCCAUCUUUCCAGCCUCAGUCUGAAAAUACAGAUUCGGCUCCAGUCUGCUCCAGUGUUCCUCUGCAUAGUACCCCUGAUGUUCCCCAGAGAAGGAAAAGAAUUAUUGCCCAGGUGGAAAAGCAAUCGAAAGCAGAAGUGGAGGAUCCAGACACAAAAGCACGACUAGCCCAGUUGGCCAAGUUUUCAUUUAAGCGACAUUCAAAACUGGUGCAUUCACCUGCAGGGGAUACUGACACAGCAUCAAAUGCACAGAAACAUGAUCACCCAGUCCAGAAAAUUACACUAUCAGAGAAGUUGAACAAUUUAGGUAGGACUGUAAAUAAUGUGGAUAAAUCAAGCAAUUCUGUUAAUGGCUCAAAGCAGCAAAAGCAUGUAGAGAAUACAUCCAAACAGACUGUAAUAACGCAGAAGAGUAACUUUGAAUCGAACACAUUAAACGCUCCUGUGCAUGAGACAAAGUUGAAUGAGGGGUGUGACUCCAGAAAGGUUUCUUCUAGUACACUUGCUAAGUUAGCACGCUUUUCUUUCUCACCUCCUCCUGAAAAUCAAGCAGCGGAGACCAGCAAGGAAACCCUGAUUUUACCAAGAGCUGUUGCUCCAGGCAGCAAAAGAAAGUGUUUUGAACUGAAUCCUUCCACUGAUAAAACCACAAUGUCAAGUAAAUCUCUUUUCUCUACAACAGACUUAGAUGAUGAAGAGUUAGAUGUGGAUUGGGAGGCUGAAAUAAAAGGAAAUCAGAGAAUUGCCACAUGAAGAUGCAGUAUGUGUUGUUUGGGUGUUAUUUAUCGUUAUGUACACACGAACAGUGACUAAUUGGUCAUACAGGUAUACCAGUUACAGGGACAUUUCAGAAAGUAAAUCAAAUCAUUCUACAACAGCAGGUGGCAGUGUUGAGAAUUAGGUCACUCAAUUCAUUUUAUUUUACUUCAUAGAAUUCCAUAUUAUGUGGUUCAUUACUUUACCAUUUUUGUUGUAUCGUGAACUGUUAACCUUUCUGUAACUGGUUGAAAUGAUUUCUGUAAAAUGUUGUUUUGUGCCUUAUGCACGUAAAACUUUUUUUUCCAAAUUAUACACUGUAUUUCUAAAAAUGUAGAGGUACUGCUAAAAAAAAAAAAAAAAAAAAAAAAAAAGAAGAAAACACACACAUAUACACUGUUAAGGGCCCUUACUCAUGGGCGUUUGAAACUGCACUCUCCUACGUUCCGCUUUUAUGCGUUCAGCCGCAGGGGAGCGCAGGAGUAGACGCGCUGAAUUCUUUUCUAUGCAGCUGUACUCACACAGACACAUGUAAGCGCCGAAUGCAGGAA